AUGGAAAUCACAAUUACAUCAAGAGAAACAAUCAAACCACUGUUUCCCACGCCAGAUGAACACAAAUUCUUCCAACUCUCUCUAUUUGAUCAGCUUCAACUUACCACCUAUUUGCCAAUGGUUUUGUUUUACCCCAACAAGGAAGGCCUCAUGGAACCUCCUCAUAUAUGUGCUCAAUUGAAACAAUCACUCUCUGAGACACUAUCCAUUUUCUACCCUGUGGCAGGCAGAAGAAAGGACCAAACCUUUAUCACAUGCAAUGACGAGGGUGCUGUUUUCUUGGAAGCCAAGGUGAACCAUGACAUGGUUGAGUUCCUCACACCACCUAGGCUAGAAUUUCUAAACAAAUUGCUCCCAUGUGAGCCUAAUAAGAUGCACUCAGAUGGAGAAGCUUUACCCCAAGUACUUGUACAAGUGAACGUGUUCAAAUGUGGUGGAAUAGCUUUAGGUACGUGCAAUCUUCAUACUCUUCUUGAUGGUUGCUCUGGCAGCCUCUUCCAAACUUCUUGGGCUGCUAUAUGCCGUGGCAAUAAGGAGCAAGUGUCAUCUCCUGAUUUCACUUCUGGCUCUUCUUUCUUUCCACCACUGAAUCAUUUGAGUUUGCAUGAUCAAAACAAUGAGGGUUCAAGUGCACAAAAGAAGUGCACCACAAGAAGGUUUGUGUUUGAUGCAGAAUCCAUCAACACUCUAAGAGAUGAUGGUAAUGAAACCUCAAAACCUCUAACCAGAUAUGAAGCACUGGCUGCUUUCAUUUGGAAACACAUGACACUUGCAUGCAAGAUGGAAUGUGAGGAUAAUAGCACAAGGCCAACACUUGCUAUCCAUGUUGUGGACAUGAGAAGGAGAAUUGGUGAACCUUUCUCUAAAUACACAAUCGGUAACAUUUUGUGGACUGUAAUGGUAUAUUGUGAAACACUCAAUGCAGACACUAGUGUUAGAUAUUUGGUUAGCAUUGCCAGAGAGAAAUUUGGAAAGCUUUCAAAGGAAUUGUUUUUAAGAGUGAAAAGUGACCCCAAUAUCUUGGGGAGCACUCAGUGUGUGGAUUUGCCUCAAGGAAUAGAAACAAGAAGUCCAAUUCCCAUUGUGUUGACAAGUUGGUGCGGUUUGAAUUUCAGUGAGCUAGAUUUUGGUUGGGGGAAGCCUCUGUGGAUUGGUGUUAGAGGAGGUGAUCAGGAAUGUCUCCCUAAUGUAGCUGUUAUCAUGGAAACAGAUGCAGGCAUGGAAGCUUGGUUGACAAUGGAAAUGCAACAUAUACAUAAUUUGGAAAAAGACAUGGAGUUUCUCAGAUUAGCUUUGCCUAAUCCUAGUGUUUCAAACAUAUCGUUUUGA